UAAUUAACAUAUGCAACCUGAUGAUUACUUGAGGCCAAAAGGUCCGCGAUGUAAUGGCAACAAAAAAUAUAGCAGGAACGCAGUUUUGAUACGUGAAUAUAGCUGCUGGUGAUGAGUGCAAUAUCAUGUGGUGUAUCAAUACGUACAUUGAGUUGGCCAGGGACGGUUAUAAGAGGUAGACACCUCGUCACAUAUGGUUAUUUGUUUAAGGAUGGCGUUAUUUCUAUUGAUGGUCAUUUGCGUGACAUCGAUCGCUGCUGUAGUCUCCGCCACUAACGUGACAGUCGUUACAGCCUGCGCUUCUCUAAUCAAUGAUCAAUGUACACAGAAUCUCACGUCUUGCCUUCAGCCUCCUUGUUCACUGUCAUGUGGAAGGACAUCGCCUCAGUUUUCUUGCAGUCAAGACUGUGUUCCGUCAGCUAAUCUCACAGAAGGGUACCUGUGUGACACAUUGGAGUGCCAAGCAUCGCAGUAUUGCCACCAAACUUGCAACAAUAUCAAUUGCAAUUCAUCGACCUGCACAUCCAACGACUGUACCCAGCAAUGCUUUGUUGCUGAUUGCGGGAGGAUGGUCUGCAAGGAAGACGUCUCCAACUGCAAUCAAGUAGCAAUUAUACCAAAGACUGGCCAAGACAUGCACUGUGCUGCGAGAUCGUGCAAUCAAGAAUGUAAAAGUUGUAAGAAAAAUUUCUUAAGUGAAAUGACAUGCUCGUCUUCAGUUGACACAUGCGAGCAAAGAGGGCUAAAUAGCAAGUUUCACUUGAAGUGUUUAGCUGGAGUGAAGAACUGUAUACAGAAAACAGAUCUUUUUUCCAUCGCUAAUAUGGAAUGCCAUGGAGAUAAGUGUGUACAAAGUUGCUUUCAUAGCACGUGCGACAUGAAUUGCUCAUCGAGUGUGCGAGAAUGUGCACAGUCUGAAGAUGGGCUUGGGUCUGCUGUGAUCUCAAUGAACUGCGAUGCACAGGUCUGUACACAGCACUGCGGCGAUAGCCGCUGUAAUAUGAUGUGUUCGUCAAGUGUGAAGGAGUGCACGCAAACAUGCAAAGGAACUUGUUCCAUUAGGUGUGAUGCAGAAGUGUGCCAUGACGAUUCAACCACCACCACAACGCGACCUAGCCUCUAUCCCAUACCUACUAAUAACAUUUCAAAGAUUAGCAUUAAGUUUGUAACUUUCUGUCUUGUGGGAACGUCUUUG